CCACGGGGCUGACGCCUUCACGUUGUGUUUACGUUCCUUUCCGCCGGUCUGAGGGAGCGAGGAGCGGGCGGCGGCGGAGGGUCCGGGAGGCGCUCGGCGGACACGGGCCGUCACACACCGGCCGCGCCGCUCGCUCCCGAUCUACUUGACGCGGGCGCGUCCCCGCCGCCGCUCUCCCCUCGGUUAAGAGCAUUGCUGGAGGUGGGCCAGGUAUCCCUUGCUGAAUCACUUUACAGAAUCACUUGCAGUGGGACACAGGGCAUCAGGUUCUUGCCGAAGUCUACGAGUUAACGAACACCUUGUCAGUCAGUGGCCACAAUGGAGUUGAAUCUUGAUCGCAAAAGGAAAAAGGUCUUUGUGCAGUUUCAGGAUGGCAGGAGGAUGAUGGGGGCUGUCGAGCCCCUCAGUGCCCUCUCUCGCUGGUACCUUUAUGCCAUCCACGGCUACUUCUGCGAGGUAAUGUUCACGGCUGCCUGGGAGUUUGUGGUCAAUUUCAACUGGAAAUUCCCAGGGGUAACCAGCGUUUGGGCCCUUUUCAUCUACGGCACCUCCAUUAUGGUGGUGGAGCGGAUGUACCUUUACCUGAAGGACCGGUGUCCAAGUGUGGUGAGGUGCAUCAUCUACACCCUCUGGACCUACGUCUGGGAGUUCUCGACCGGGCUCAUUCUGCGUCAGUUCAAUGCCUGCCCCUGGGACUACUCCCAGUUUGAUUAUGACUUCAUGGGGUUGGUGACACUGGAGUAUGCUGUGCCGUGGUUCUGCGCCUCUUUCAUUGUGGAAAAGCUGGUGAUCAGGAACACCCUGCGUUUGCGGUUCGAUGAGAACGGGGAGCCUCGCACCCCAACCAUUUCUCCACCGACGCUGUGGGGCCACUUGAAACUGAGGAAGGUCGAGUAAAUCACUCGCUUUCGUUUCCUCGUUCGAUGGCAGCUGGAGUUCGGGAAUCUCCUUGUUUACAUUUCCAGACUCGGGAACAAACAACAACGGGACCUCAAGCCAGUUCAGAAAACGGUUUAUUUCUGUGCUUUUCCCUUAUUGGGAAUGGAGAAGCCCAUUUCCAUUGCAUUCUGACUCUAGUGCAGUACAAUCUGGUUAAAGUGUUACUGCAACGUCCUCGCUCCCAGUGCAUGCACUGUCCACUAACAAGUAUUUGAUCCUCACUGACAGUGCUCUGCCUGGGGCUGCACAGAGUGGGACAAUUUAGUAUUUAUAACAACUUCUUUCUGUUCAUGAAAUAGCCGAGACCAACCCAACGAGAGACAGCUCCUGCAUGUUCUGCUGUUUUUAUGCUACUCAACUUGUUGCUAUUGUAAAAGGAUGUGGGAAUUAAGUGUAUUUGUGAACAAGUCACACAAUGUAGUGCAUAAUUGUCCACAAACACACUUUCAAUACGGUUCACCUGUUUACCAAAAGGAGGAGUCAGUGAUCAGACAUUGUUCAGGUGUGUAUAAAGUGAACGGUUUGCUAGUCGGGGUUGAGAUCUGUCCACCGGAGAGGUGGCUGUGUGCGCGUGUGUACAUGUUUGGAGCCCAAACAACUGACACAACUGCAUGUGCCCAAAUAUUUUCUGAGGGCUGUUCCCAGAUCCAGAUCUGACUUGCGCAUUUCUGCUGUGUCAUUACAAUAAAAAGCAUCCUGUUGAGGAAA